UCUACUCUUUGCUUCUUCCCAAGGACGACACCUUUCGUUCGCGCUCUCUCUCUCUCUCUCUGUCUCUGUGCUUGGGUUUUUGAGCCCCGGGAAGGUAACCAGUACCACGUCCCUGCAGUAGUGCAAUGUAAUUCUGCAGACACCUAAUCUCCGGAGCCUCGAAACCCUGAAAUUUGUCGCGGCAGGGAGGACUGGAACCUUAAGGGAGUGCAAUCCCAUCUGGCCCGACCUGGGACCACGCAGGUGGACGAGGAACCGCCUCGAACUCACCCUGGAGGAGCUCUAGGACGCCUCCGAGAGGCUCCGGCAACUACUGGUGUAUCACCGCGGGUACUGCAAGGGACUUGCCACAUCCAAGGUCCUGUUGAUGGAUAUGACUAUUUCAGACGUAAAGGGUGGACCUUAUGGUAAUAUGCUCUCCAGAAAAGAAGAUAGAUCUUCUUGUAUUGCUGCUAGUGGUCCUGCUAUUAAGAGAAGAGCAUGUUAUACACAGAAGAACUUAUCUAGUGAAACUGGUCAUUUUCUAUGUUAUGGUUCAAUUCAUGAUUCAUCUCUCAAAAAUGAUAAAAGUAAAGAAAUGUCAAAAGCAUCAGUGGCCUAUGAUGCAUCUAAGAAUGUUGUCAUAAGUCCAAAGGUUAUUUUAGAUGAAGUUACCUAUAAUAAACUAGUUCGAGAAGAGACUAGUUUGACUGCUCGCAGUCCUUUUUCCUCACAUGGCAUCAAAACAUCUGAUUUAUGUCAAAGGAAAGCUUCAGAUAUUGCUAAAGAAAAGCAUAGAGAAGAGUGUCAUACAAAAAAUGAUUUACAUAUAUCUGGAUUUAAAGAAGCCAACAGUGCAGUUCAUGUUUGUCUUGGGCAACUACACAAGAAACUCAAAGAAUGCAGUUCUGGUUUAACAGAUAGUUCACGUGCCAGAAAUGAUAUAGAGGAAAUUCAGAAUGAGGCUGCUUAUGACUGUAAUAAUAGUGAACUUCAAGAGAAUCAGACAGAAUUUAAAGAAAAUGGAGAAUUCUCACUGGAGAAUAGAACCAUUCAUAGUAUCAUAGAUGAUGUCUCGUGUCACAAGACUGACAGCACAGAACACCCACCGUCAAGUAGUAAUGUAUCUCCAAUGAGUCAAUCUCCAUGUUCAGGUUCCCCAAUGAAUGGAAUUCUUUCUCGGUGCUCCAUUAAUGAUGAAAAGUCCCCAAUUUUGGGAAAAUAUGUUGUUGGGGAAAAGGAUGACAUGCCUGAUGAAGUUAGCAAAGAGGAUAGCAGAAAGAGUCGAUCUCAACUAGUUUCUUCAAAAGGCAGUGAUGAAUGUAUGGGAACUGAAAUUGAUGAUAACAGGAAGUUUCAGCCUCGUGACACAAUAAAGGGCAGGGCAACUAAUGAGCAAGCUGAUAAACAGUUUAACCAGGUUCCCUCUCAGCCAAACUCAGAGUGUGAAGCUUCAGCAGAAAUUGAAGCUGAUGUGAAAGUCUGUGAUAUCUGUGGAGAUUCAGGUCUGGAAGAAUUGCUUGCUUUUUGUAGUAGGUGCAGUGAUGGUGCAGAACAUACUUACUGUAUGCAAGUAAGGCUGGAUACAGUCCCUGAAAGUGAGUGGGUAUGUGAAGAAUGCCGACUCAAGGAAGCUCAAAAUCAAAUGAUAGGGCAAUUUGAAUCGCAACUUGAAGCAAUAGAAGCAGUAUGUUCAAGUGAAAAUAGUCAGAGUCUUGAAAGCACAUCUAAAAAUUUGUCUGGUGUAGAAAACAAGGCAGUUGACUUGGGCACUACAAAGGAUAAUAAAGAACUGGAUAAGCUGAUUUUAUCUAAGAGGACAGAAGAGAAGUUUGAUGUUACUAAGGAGAAAAUUUCUGAAGCAUGUGGUGCUUCCACUGGGACAACUGUUUCAAGAAAACCCACUCUUGUUGUGUGUGACAACACAAUUAACAAAAGUGAUUUAGUUAAGGUAAAACUACCAGCCCUGAUAACCUCAUGUUGUCAGUCAGAAGGUAUCUCUCGGCCUGGUGCUAAUGCACAAAGUUCUUCCUAUUCUAAUUCAUUCAAGCUGCAAACACAUUUUGAGCUAACAAAGGGAUCUCUCUCAAAGUCAGUUUCUUUUAACAAGUCAAAAGUGCCAAAGGUCAAACAGUUGCUGGAAAAUAUUCCUCACAAGCAAAAAAUGACCAGAGAGUAUAGUUUGAGCAGCAUGAGAAAAGGGGGACCAUCACAAGCAAUCACAAAAUCUGCUUCAUUCAGAAGCGAGAGUUCAGGGUUCUCCAAUGUGUCGACAGUUGGCGACAUGCAAUUACCUAACCCACCACCCUGUGAGGAUCUUAGAUAUGUGAAACAGGUGAAAGAAAAGAGUAUGACAGAUAAAAGACUUUUUAUGUCAGAUCGCCCCUUCACCAGUCUAUCAGUAGCUGCCACCAGUGUUUCUUCUGUGAAGGUCGCUCCAAAGGUUCUGCAGUAUGAGGCCACACCAGAAGUGAUGCUUGACCCAAGCAAACUGAGCAACAAUAGAGGAUCAAAAGAAGCAACUAAGUUUGCUAAAGAAUUGAAGCAGCUGCCAAUAUCGCCUAUAUCACAAACUUCUGGAAGCACAUCUUCAGUUAGAUCAUGCAAGAAUGAAGAUCAGAAGCCUUUACACCAUGGUGCAGAAUUGAUCCAUAAGGAUGAUAAAACGAAGGACCAUACCUUUUUAAGCAACAUUAGGCAGGCAGCUUCUGUUGACAAUCGAUUAGCACGAUGCCAAAGGUGUAACGAAUCAGGUCAUUCCACACAAUUCUGUGCAGUUGACAAACUUCACAUGUCUGCCAUGAAACCUUCUUUGAAACGAAAUUCAAAGGAUGUGGAUUACAGAAGCAGUAAGUGGAAAGAUGCAGUCGAUGUUUUUACAUUGGAAUCUGGAACAAAAAGGACUGCAAGAUCACCUGAUCAAUCUAUGGAAGUUUCUAUGUCCAGUGCUGAUGUACAUUCUGAAGCAACAUCCAAAGAUUUUCCAUCAAGUUUGAUAAGUUCUAGAAACUUGGCUUUCAUGGAACAUGCAUCUGUUGCACAAGAUUUUAGCAAUACAGCAAAUGCCAUUCAUGUGAAACAGAAAGUGGAGGACCGUAAGAAAUAUACAUUUCUUCCUAGAAAAGUUACACCUCUCGACUUUGCAGAUGACCUGAAUAUGCAGCCUGUCAUACAAACAUUGCCUGAUCAAGUUUCCAUGCCAUUGCAUCUAUUAAGAGCUUCAGUAAUUCCAGAGCUUGACUGCAUUUGGGAAGGUGUCUUUGAAGUGUUGAAAAUUGCCAAGCCUCCUGCAUUUUUGGAUGGUAUUCAGGCUCACUUGUCAAGUUAUGUCUCACCCAAGGCACUUGAAUUGGUAAAGAAAUUUCCUUGUAAAGUCCAACUGGAGGAAGUGCCUCGUCUAAGCGCCUGGCCAUUCCAGUCUCAUGAGAAUAGUCCUAAAGAAGAUAACAUUGCUCUUUUUUUCUUUGCUAAAGAUACAGAAAGUUAUGAAAAGUACUAUUUGAAUCUGUUGGAAGAUAUGCUCAAAAAUGAUUUGGCUCUCAUAGGGAAUAUUGAUGCAGUGGAACUUCUUAUACUCCCAUCAAAUUUGUUACCAGCAAAUUCACAGUGCUGGAACAAGUUAUUUUAUCUUUGGGGUGUUUUUAGAGGAAGAAAUAUAAGUUGCCUUACAGACUUGCCUGAUCUGGAGAAAAAGCCUUCUGUUUCCAGUUUGAAUUUGGAACCUACUGUCCAAGAUCAAUCUAUCCCAGAUUUUUCAGGACUUUGUAGUUCUUAUGAAAUAUAUGAUGAGACUUCUCAGGAACUGUCAAGGUUUGACAAAUUCCCCAAGGCAAAAGCGAUUAUCUCUAGUUCCUGCUCAAAUAUUCAGGAUGUUCCCACUUCAGGAAACGAGGAUAGGAUCCUUAACAUAAAGCAGAUUCCUCCUGUUCAGAACUUGCAUCUUGCUGUUUGUGGUGAUAAAGUUCUUACGGAGCAGACUUCAUGCUCAUGUUCUGCAAGCUGCCCAUAUACUAAUGUGAGCCAGCUUCCUAAUGUUCCUGUUGCUUAUCCGGAGCCAAAGCUUCAGAUAGACAUUGAACAGUUGCCAUUGGAAAUGGAGAAUGAUCUCACUGACCUAGGCAAACUCGCCGGCGAUUCAGAUAGCAGCAAAGAUUCUGAACAUCAUGCUAAUGCCAGUAGUACAAGCAUUAGUAAUUGUGAAGAACCCGUAUUUUCGGUGUUAUUUAAUUGCCAGCAAGGCAAUGCCAGAAAUGUUCAGAAAAUCAAGCAAAAAGAGAAAUUCAUAACAAGUGAAGGUGUUCCUGAUGAUCAAGUAUCAGAUGCCAUAAAGUUAGACGAUCUUAGCUGGGAAUCGAGGCAUAAUAAGAAACGUCCACUGCCUAGCUCUGCGGAAACAAUUAUAAAACCAACUGCCGAUAGAAUGCUGUGGAAAGAUGAAGCAAGCUGCACAUCUAUGAAUGAUACAGAACUUAAAAAGAUGAGGCUUGAUAAUGGAGGGCAUGCUGCUUGUAGCUCGAGGGAAGAAACUCUAAGCAGUGGAUUACCCUCAAAGAUACAUCCUUUGCCAUCUGGCUGCUUGAAUGAUGGUAUCGGCUGCGACACAAUGUCUGAGAGCUCAAAAAAUGCUGAAAGAUUCUUCCUGAUCGAUUUAGGUACUGCAACAAGUACAAAGGCAGACAACUUAAUCUAUGUUCUUUCUUCAGACGACGAAGAUUCACCUGAAUCUAUGGCUCCAGAUCUUGAGCUAGCCCUGUGGGGAAAGAAGAGACCACCAAAAACAGAUUCCUCACCUUGGCUAUCUCCAAAUGUUGGAAUAAAACGUAACCCAGAUAAGCCGCUUGCUCCUGCGGUUGAUGACGGAGAUGAUAUGCUAGCAUCCCUUUCACUCUCGCUAGCUUUUCCUGCCACCGAGAAGCCGCGGUCUGCCAAACCUAUGACACAAGAUGAACAACUUUUGCCUGAUAAACCUUGUAUUAACACAUCUUUGCUUCUUUUUGGUGGCUAUACAGAUACCUAAAUCAAUUCGGAGCAUGUAUAGCUUGUAAAUUAUCUUCUGUAAGUAGCCAUAAUACAGUCUCCUUGCCAUCCGUUUGAUAACCAUACAACAUACAAUUGCUUCAA